AUGGCUUUCUCAAGAGAGUUGACUCCUCUGUGGGUCUGCAAAACGAGUGAAAUGGACCGAACGAUUGCGGGGAUUUGUGGAAAUGUAACGGAAAGCUUCGGUGAUUGCAACAAAGGGGCUUCAAUUGCAAAGUGUACAGCGAUGGAGUACGAGAAACGAUGCAAUCUAACCAAUGCUCCACAAUUGCUUUCAAAAUAUACACAAAUGUUUGCCGAGACUAAAAUCCCCGAAUUUACUCAAUGCUCGGACGUGAUCAUAAAAGCGUUGUUGGAAGAA